CCCCCGGCACGUGGUGGCUGCAGCACCCCAGCGGCUACAGCACCCCGGCGACUGCAGCACUGACCCCGGAGGCUGGCGAUGGUGUGUCCCCUGGAGCAGGCGCUGGCCGCGAUGGUCACCACCUUCCACAAGUACUCGGGGAAGGAGGGCGACAAGUACAAGCUGAGCAAGGCCGAGCUGAAGGAGCUGCUCAACAAGGAGCUGCCCAGCUUCGGAAGCAAGCAAAUGGACGAGGGGGAGUUCAGGAGGCUGGUCAACGACCUGGACCACGACAAGGACAGCGAGGUGGACUUCAAGGAGUUCGCCUGCUUCCUGGCCUGCGUGGCCAUGGGCUUCAACGAGUUCUUCAAGGAUGCCAAGCAGCCCCGCAAGAAGUGACCCUGGUGCCGUCGGUGGUGGUUUUUUUUUUUUUUAAUUUUAAUAAAAGCCUUCCCAAAGCCUCA